AUGUCUCCUAUGUCAGCUAGGACAUCACCAAUAGCACUGUCCUUCGCACACGUAUAUACACUCUCUCGCGAUCCCAAUAAAUCCCCUCCCGUCCGAUCAUAUCAUUUACCGAUGUCAUCUCAAACUUCCCCCGGAGAACCUUCCUCGCCUGUCAAGAAACCGACAAGCUCCAACGAAGUUGAGAUGCACUUCGACAGCAUCCAAGAGGACGGCGAAGAGGACGAGUUUGAAGGAUUGGAGACUAUAGGAUUCAGUCAGUGGGAAAGGGAAGUACCCAAUUUCAAGUCUAGAAUCAACGACAAGCAGGAAAAGGAAGGAGGGACAUCAUCCUCAUCUCAGAAUCAGCUUAGGAUAGAAGAAGAGAUCGAUGAACUUGAUGAGAGUGAAUAUGGAUUGGAGGUGCCGAUGGAUUUAAUACAGGAUGAAGAAGUAAGAGAGCAAGUGGCGAUACACUCACCUAUAGCCAACCCAUCAUCCCCGCCUUUACGCACACCAGCAUUCUCUCUCCCAUCACUAAACUCCGACAUUCCCUCUGGACCUUACCCCCAAACUCCCCAUUCUCCCUCUCACUCGAAUCGUCAUCAACAGGCGAACCCGAAUUUCAGGUCUUCCUCUCCUGUCAAUUGGACACCGUCACCACUUUCAUCGAGAGGUAAGAAGAGAUCUUUGGUGAUCCUCUCGGACGACUCAGAUCAGGACGAAGAGAAUGAUCAAACGAUAGCCAUCUCUCAGAAAGAUAAUUCUGGCUCGCCCAAUAAGAAAGGGAAAAGUAGUAAAGUCAUUCAAUCUGGUGACGAUGAGGAUGAGGAUGAGGAAGAAGAAGAAGAAGAAGAAGAACCUUUGGCAGUACAGAAGAGACGUAGGGAGAAAGGAAAGGGUAAAGAGAUAUUGCCUUCUCAUGAGGAAGAACUCAUCAAUAUUAGACUGGGGUCAGAAGCUCAAGCUCCGGAUGGACCGACUCUGGAUGAUCUAUUUAGGGAUGAUACCAAUGAUCUCAAUUUCGAUUCGAAUCAACAUGACUAUCAUGAAGAUCACUAUGAAGACGAAGAGGAGGAAGAUGAUUAUGGUGAUUUCCCAUUUGACGAAGUCGAUCUGGACUUUCCAGAUACCAACAAAAAGAAAUCCAAAUCCAAAUCCAAAUCUAGAUCACCUGAAAAGCAAAAGAACCAAACACUCGCAAAUGACCUGUUCCCACCUGAUGAACCAGGAGAAGACCUAGAAGAUAAAGAGAAUCACGAUCGAUCGUUCAGUGGCGGACAUGGAUCGUCGAUAUCGAUUCUGGAUAAAUUCGAGUUGGUCAAAAAGAAUGAAUGGGAUAUACCUCUUAUAAGUGAUCUAGAGAUUAAAUGGCAAGAUUUCUAUAAGAAUCAUUGGAGGAGAGGUGUAGAUAAGUUGAACGCGAAAUCCACGACUACGACUAGAAGGGAUCAAGUUGGGACGAUAAGGAGUGAUGAUGAGAGUGAGGAGGAGGACAUUAGACCCAAAAAGACCACGGCGGCGAAGAGAGGUGGUCCGUGGGGAUGGAGAGGGAGAGGGAGAGGGAGAGGGAGAGGGGCUUGGAGAGGGAGAGUGGCGAGAGGUAAAGCUAGGAAGAAGUGA